AAAAUAAACGAUCAAAGCUGCACACCACAUGCUCUUGGUUUCGGGGAGGGGUAUUAUAUUCCCGACUAUAUUUCAAAAAAGAUAAUGUCAUGCGUACUAGCAUGGCUGGCCUCAAUUACGGUACCUCCGGCCCGUACGUUACCGUUACAAUAAUUAAUGACCUCUGUAGCCUGCCAUAGUUUCACCUCUUCAUCCUAUUUCGCGACAUUUUACUGGCUCUUCGAGGAAGAAAGCCGUGAAUUUUUCGACCAACCACAGCCCAAAUCAUCAUCUGGCACCAACAUUCGGCCAAUGAUAAAAGAUGGAAACAACUGACCAAGGAGAUGGACAAGUUCUAAGUAUGCCCAGUGAUCAAUUUCUCACUGGAGGCUUAUAUGGACAAACUUCAGCUGAUGACAGCUUGCCAGUAGGAGAGGACGAAGGACCAAUAGAAGAGAAAGGAGCUGCAUCACCUCUUCGAGAACAGGACAGGUUUCUGCCCAUUGCCAAUGUUGCUCGUAUCAUGAAAGAUGGCAUCCCAAAGUCAGGGAAGAUUUCAAAGGAAGCUAAAGAAUGUGUUCAAGAAUGUGUAUCUGAGUUCAUCAGCUUUAUUACAAGCGAAGCCAGUGAAAGAUGUCAUCAAGAAAAGAGAAAAACAAUCAAUGGAGAAGAUAUCCUCUAUGCCAUGUCAAAUCUUGGAUUUGAUAAUUAUGUAGAGCCUCUGAAAUCUUACCUUCAAAAAUACAGAGAGUCAAUGAAAGGAGACAAAGUUAUCCCACAGUCGAGGCAGGAUGAGCUGGGUGAUAUGGGUGCAGAUACAUUUGCAACUGAAUUGAUGGUUGGAGACCAGGCUGGAACACCAGCCUACCAGCAAUAUCCUUCUCAAGUACAAAUACCGAUGACCUUUACGUGAUCUUUGUUUGGUGGUGUGCUGCCAAUUUGAUCAUCAUCACAAGUCAGACCAACACCUUGAAUGCAGUUAGCUGUCAGAUCUAGAUUCCUGAAGGGCAUCUUUAUGCACAGGAGUCAUACCCAGAUUUGUUUUAUUGCAAACAUGGAUUAGCAUGCACAGGAGAGAACUCUUCAGGAGUUGCAUGAUUAGGUUUUUAGUUAUGAGAAUUAUACAACUUUGAUGCGCACAUGAAAUGAAAGCACUUGUGAGAGAUGUCUUGUAUAAAAGUAACCCUCCUUUUGGCUGUUUAUGUUAACUUGGUUUCCCCCUCUGCACCCCCCAGCUCAAAGCUGUUUUGAUCUGUAUGCAAUAAAAAUGUGUUUUUACACUUUCCAUAGUAGGUUUUCUGUGGAUUUUGAUUUAAUUUCUCACUAACAAAUUAUUUCCCUUUUGAGUUACAACUCCUUUUAUUGUUUCAACAAUGAUACAUAACUCAGAUUUAUUGUAAAUUUUUGGCUUUAUGUCAUAUUUAUCUCAUCAUUUAUUUAUGGGUUAUUCAUCCUAUUUUUUAUAUCUCUUUGUUAAAAUCAAAUUUAUAUUUUACAUGAGAAUAUGAAAUUUGAAUAUAAAUUUCAGUAUGAAUAUGAGGGAAUACCCUGCAGAACAGAAUCAUGCUUAAGUUACACAAUUUCAAAUGCUUUGAUUAAAUCACGAUGAAUGAAUUAAUUUCCCAUUUCUAACAUAAGGGGAAUUGACUCUACUUAAAUACUUAAAAGUAGAGAUUGAUUGAUUGAUUUGGUUAACUCAGUUUUCAAGGCCUUUACACCUGAAUUGUAACCUUCAGCCAUCAAGAGGUAAUUGCUGGAGGCAUUGUAUUUUUAGAUCACCUUUUGUCCAUUCAUUUUAGAAUAAUUGAAUAAGUUUGAUGGAUCAAUUUUAAAUUCAAGUGACGUGUUAAUUUGGCAGCGAGGAUGAUUUAACAAGAUUUUAGGCUCGUGAGAUCAAAGGUAAACAAUAGCAGGUCAUUAUACACCUAAAAAUAUCUUGUUCUCACAGUAACAGAAAAAUCAUUAGAUGGAUAAACUUCACAUAUAUAGAUUUGAGUGCGAAGAUUGGUCAAAAGUUCAGUCAUGGGUCAUAGACCCCUCCCCCUCCAAAAAAAGUUUGAAAAGCUUUGCCUGGAAAAGCCCAGUCAUUAUAUGCUAUGUAAGGUCCCAUUCGCAUAAAAUUUAAAACUCUUGUUUGAUGCAAUGAACCAAAGAAUAACACCUGGCUGUUCAGUCUCUGAAGUACUGGGUGGUGUUUAAGAUGUUCGACUCUAUGAAGGACUGGAACAUAUUCUCAGGUGAUUUAGUCAGCUGCAUAGGGAUAAAUCGUUUGACACAUUGUAGGAUCACCAGUUGUGCAUAAAGUCAUGUGUAAGUUACAAACAGUUAUAUGAAAUCGCUCCCUGGAUGUGCUGAUUUUAGAAGAGAAUGUAAUGUGACCAAGAGUGGAAAAUCAUGACCUAUAUAUAUAAUCAGGGUUCCCACAGUCAUGGAAAAUCCUGGAAAUUUUUUUGUUCAUUGAAAGUCAGGGAAAAGUCAGGGAAUUUGGAAAAUUUGUGAAAAGUCAUGGAAUCGCAUUUACCUCUUGGCUAUGGCAGCUUUCCAGUUUGUCGUUAUUCGUAACUCUCAUACUCUGCUAUUAUAAUUGGUAUUCAUGAUUUCCAUUUUUCCCAGUUUUGUGACAUCCCAAAUUCUACAUAACUCCCAGAACGUCACAGGAAGUCAUGGAAAGCAGCAAUUUAGUCAUGGUAAAGUCAUGGAAUUGGUGUUUUCAAAUUUUUGUGGGAACCCUGAUAAUGAUUAUAUUAUCAAAGGAGAUGGGACAACUCUUUCAAAGUUAACAUUUUCUUAUGAAUUUUCAUUGUAAUCCACACUCUGUAUGAAGAUGAAAAUAGGGUGAGAAAAAAAAUGGACCAACAUUUCACAAAGAUUGUAAUUAGUAGUUGGAAUUACAAUGCAUAUUUAUGAUACUGAAAUUGUGGCAUUUGAUUGGUGAAGAGUAAGUUUGUGAUAAAUUUGGUAUGCAUCACUGAAGAUAACAAAAGAAACAAUGCCCUGAUGGGAAGACCUGUUGUUGAUCAUUUAUUUUGUUUAUCCUGUAAAGUGUAAAAUUUUCUUGGCAUUCCUGUUGUUUGUAAUGUUUUGCUGCUUACACAUGAAAUGAAAUUUUAAUUAGAAAAUAAUGAUGUAUAUAUUGUAAA